AUGGCUCCUGACAAUGGACGGGAUCUUAAUUGUGCAUGGGAGCAUUGUGGCAAAUCUUUCAACCGCAAAUCGGGCCUCCGCAGGCACUAUCGAAUACACAUCAAUGAACGGCCCUAUCAUUGCAAGGUCAAGGACUGUAACAAGAGCUUUAUUCAACGGUGUGCAUUGACUGUCCAUUCCCGAACCCACACCGGAGACAAGCCUUAUAUAUGUGACCACGAAGGAUGUUGCAAGGCAUUCUCCGAUCCAUCAAGUCUAAGACGCCACCGCAGGAUUCACACCGGGAAGCGGCCUUAUAUCUGCCAGGAACCUACAUGCGAAAAAAGCUUUUCCCACAAAACCACCCUGUCCAAACAUCAACAUCGCUCGCACCUACCCGGCACGACUCGACCACCUUUAGAAGACGCAGAAUCCGUACAUUCGUACCAGAACCCUAUUAGUACUUCCGUAGCGAAUGACCAAUAUCUCCUCGCCCAGCAACCCUUCUACCCUUAUUUAUCCACGCCGACGCAUGAGUUCUACCCUCCCAAAUACAUAGCCAUGACACCAGUUGCCGUGCAGGAGGCGGCCCGAAUCGUUGCCCAUAAUGUGCCCGUGACGUCCCCAUUUAACGUGCAGCAACUCAUGCAACAACGAUACGACCAAGGCCGCCCCGGCUACGUACCACUGGAGUUCCACCACCUCAUUGCAAGUGUGCCAAAAUCCAGGCAUGACCUCAUGGUUAUCUAUCAUCCUCAGAAUUUUGCCAUCUUGAGUCAGGUUACUGGAGGUCGACCAGGAAGAUCAAGGUGA